AUGGGGAACCGCCGGUUCGACUUCAUCUGGGAACCGCCGGGCGGACCGAACAGCCGAUAUUGCGACUCUUGCGGGCAGGACGUCCGAGGGUUUCUGUAUCAUGACCAAUAUUCCAAACACAAGUUUGAUUUGCAUCCUUGUUGCAUGAACCUAAAGAGAACCAUGUCUGAUCCUAAUGGCACUGUGGAGCUGAAUCUUAAAGACCAAGCGCCCUCUAAAUGUGUGAAAUGCAAGAGGAAGUAUCUGAAUAAUGUUCAGAGCAAGGAGGCUUUCAGAGGGUGGUCCUAUGUGUCGUCUUGUGGAAACUAUUGCUACCAUGUUUAUUGUGUGAAGACUUUGAUUCUGGAGAACAGGGAAAAGGGUUAUUUCAAUGUUGCUUCUUCUUCUUCUUCCUCCUCUUCUUCAAGCUUGGUCAUCGGAAGUGAAACUGCAUCAGCUACGAGCUCUUUGGCCAUGGAUAGAAGAAGAAGAUCGUCUAAAUUAUCUGUCACUCGUGCGUUGAUCAAAAUGGUGAAAGUAGGAUUCAGCGUCAUAAUAUCUGUUUUAUUCGGAAAUCCACCUCCAUUGUUUGUUGCUCUCGCUGAAAACUUGCUAGAAUAA